AUGAAGCAAGAUACAACAUCUUCAUUGACCUGCAAGAUAAAUUGCACCAAAAUAUAUCGAAGAACCUUAGUUGCUAUUGGGACACAUGAUUUGGAUACAAUAGAGGGUCCUUUUUCCUAUGAGGCUUUACCACCUCAAGAGAUUAAUUUUGUGCCUUUAAAGCAGGAGAAAAUUUUCAGGGUUGAUGAGCUGUUGGAAUAUUACAAAUCAGAUAUAAAGCUUAAGAAGUUCUUGCAUAUAAUUGAGAACUCUCCUGCGUACCCAAUGAUCUAUGACAGAAAUAGGUAA